UUUGUGUUUAAAAAGAGAGAGAGGAAAAGAAAAACAGAAGCAUUUGUUUACUUCAGCCUUAGAGUUGAUUUUGCUCGAGUGCUAAAAUUUCCAACUCUUCGCUUGAUUUCGUUAGUGUUCUCAUCAAUCUUGUAAUUCCGGAUUGCCAAUCGUCGAGAUCUUCUGUUUCAAUUUGCUCGUACAAGGACUUCAACAACCCAAAUUCUCCAUUUUUAUUUAUUUAAGGGUACACCCACCAACUGUUCGACAAAAUGCUGCAAUCAAGUUCCAGGCUAUGGCAAACUCACUAUCGCCGGAGAAUAUGCAAACCCAUUGCUCGGAUUUCCACUAGGGAGUAAAUUUCUGAAGUGACUUCCGGGUCAUGAUUAUGUUGUAUAAUCAUUUGCAGAGGCGGUUUUUCAUCUCUCGCUUAAAGCAUCUCACUGACACAAGAUGUGGGGCUUCGCAAUCAAAUUCUAUGCUGUAUCAUUCUCCAGAACAAUCCUCCACCGAUCAAGAGGUGUUACCGUCUGAAUGGUACGAGAAGGCUUUUGGGAAGAUAAAGAAAUUGAGCUGUAAGUUGAGGAAUGUGGAUUUGAUGGAUGGACGAGUUGUGAAUGCUAGUGAUGAUUCGACCAUUAUCGAUGAGCGUAUUGAACAGAAAAUGCGCACUUUCAAGUCCCUUGUAAGAAUCUUGAUUGGUUCCCCAUCGGCUCAGAGGAGAAUAACAGAGAUGGCUGGAUCGAGUUCUAUAAAUGGUCAGACUCACGCAUGGUUCAGAAAUUCAAGUGAACGAGAGGCUAUGGUUGUUGAUUCACUCACCAAGGCGUGCAACUUCCUUGGGGUCACAGUCCAACAAAGGAAACUACUGCGCCACACCAUAUGCCCACAGAUUACACAGCAUCACAUUUGGACUGGUGCAUUGGAUCAAAUACUGAAAGAGUUAAAUUUGGAGUUGCUUCCAUUAUCUAAUCGCUCAACCAACAAAGGGAUCAUAAUGGCGCUUCAGAUAGUUUCAAGUUGCCUAAAGUUUUUGGAUGAUGCCACCAAUUCAAAUGUUCACUUCACUUCAACAUGGAUUCGACCAGCACCAAAACGAACCAUUGUCAAUUCAUCUCCACCGCCAAGAUGGGAAGACAUGCUUGAGAUGUUCAACGAUCUGAUCGGCUAUCUGAAAGACGAGAAGAGUUUGGUCCAUUAUGUAACAAAGCUUGAGGUUAUGAAAGAAGGGCUUUCCCAAAUCAAAGAUGUGUGGAGUGAUAGAAGCAUUGGAUUCAAGGAAGCCAAACUUCAAGAAAGCUUGGUGCAAAAGAAGCUUUCAAAGACAUUGGGCCAUUCAUCCAGAUGCUUGUUCACUCUUUUACUUUACUAUCUUUUUGGGCAUUUUAGGGAUAUUGAAGUGGAUUUUUGUGGUGGGUUGUUGAAGGGUGAUGGGAAUGACAAGUUUUUGUUGUUCAUGGGGAGGGUUUUGAGCUGUGAUGAAGAGAAAAUUGUUUGGAAUGGGGUGAGGCAGCUUGAUAGAGCAAUGGGGAUUUUUAAACUUGUUUGGGAAACAGCUGGAAUGAAGGGAGAAUUGGGAUUGCAAGGCCAUUUAUUUUGUGUUGAGACUGAGGUUAGGCAGCUUAGUUAUAAAGGAAAUGCUUAUUUAUUACAUGAAAUCAAAUUAUAACCAAAACAUCUUUCUUCAUUGUGUUUCCUGUAGGCUUUAGUUUUUGCUCAACAAAAUUAAUAAAUAAACUCUCUUAUUCAUUUA